GUCGAAUUGUCGUCCAUUUUGUCUUAUUUCUUGGACUUCGACAUUUUCAUUCAGUAUUCAGUGUUUCUAAUUGUGCUUUGUGCUUGAUAUCCUAUUGAAAAUUUGUAGAGGUUUUAAACAUGGGAUCGACAAAAAGCGAUCCUUUACCAAAUAGUGUUAAAAACAAUGGGACAGCUUAUGGAAAAGUAGUGAUCACUUUAAAAAAUCAGUUGUUGCCCGAGGAAAAGCUUUCUCCAACACCAUCACAAUUGGAUGGGCUUGGUAUGGACACAGAGACAGAUUUGCGUAUUUAUGGUUGUGAAUUGAUUCAAACUGCUGGAAUAUUGUUGAAAUUACCUCAGGUUGCAAUGGCUAGUGGGCAGGUUCUUCUGCAGCGAUUCUAUUACUCCAAGAGCCUAGUUCGUCAUCCUGUCGAGCACACAGCAAUGGCUUGUGUCUGCUUGGCUUCCAAAAUCGAGGAGGCACCAAGGACAGUCAGAGACGUAAUCAAUGUCUUUACCCAUAUACGACAAGUCAACUCGAACAAACCAAUUCAGCCAGUUAUAUUGGACCAGAGCUACAUCCAUCUAAAAAAUUUAGUUAUCAAAGCUGAAAGGCGAAUACUCAAAGAGUUAGGAUUUUGUGUCCAUAUAAAACACCCUCAUAAGAUCAUCGUCAUGUACCUUCAAGUUCUGGGGUUCCACCAUCAUCAAAAAUUGAUGCAAUACUCCUGGAAUUAUAUGAAUGAUUCAUUAAGAACUGAUGUUUUUGUUCGCUAUCAGCCAGAAACAGUUGCGUGUGCCUGCAUAUACUUAACUGCCAGAAAAUUGAAACUACCUCUACCUAAAAAUCCUUCAUGGUUCUCGAUCUUUGGGGCAACUGAAGAAGAUAUUCGUGAUAUAAGUGUUAGGAUAUUGAAACUUUAUAAUAGACCGAAGGCAAAUAUUGAAAGUUUAGAGAAGAAAGUUGAAGAUCUCUGUGAGAAGUACAAGUCUGCCAGAGCUAAGGCUAGAGGUUCAGGAAAUGAUACUCCAAAUAAUACAGAUUCCAGUCCCAGCCAACAAAAAACUACAGGAGCUCACAAUGCAUGGGGAGGUUUUAUUAGUCGUUCUGGAAGCCAUAUUGCCCCUCCGAUCAACGAGAAAAGAUCAAGGUCGAGAUCAGCCACACACUCACCAGACAACAAACAUCGAAAAAGAUCCAAGAAGCAUAGGUCACGGAGUCGAUCAACUACCAGUAGAAAUCAUAAAAAGAGCCAUAAAAGGAAAAGUUACUCUAGGUCCAGGAGUAACACACCUCCUCCAAAGAAGAAGAGGGAGAAGAGAAAAUCUUCUAGAUCACCCAGCAAUGAUAGAGACUCAAAGAAUGACAGGUACAUUGAAAGAUAUGAAAAAUAUGAAAAAGACAGGUACAAGGAAGACAGAGAUCGCUAUUCCGAAAAGGACAAAUAUGAUGAUAAAAAGGAUAGAAAGGAUAAGUAUGAUAGGGAUGAUAAGUAUAGAGAUGAUAAAUAUUCUCGAGACGAAAGAGAUAGGUAUAAGAAGUCAAAACACAGAGACGAAGAAAAGGUGGAGAGCAGGUCGAAAGAUAGGAGGAGGUGAAAUACAAAAUAAAUAUGUAAAUUAAAAUGCAUGUAAAUUAGUUUUAGAAUUUAGGACCUAGGUUUUCGUGUCUUUUUUUCAUUUUAUGAAUAUAUGUACAAAUCAUUGUAAAUAAAUAUUUUUCCAAAUGUUCUUUUAA